GUGGGCGGGGCUUCCGGUGGAGGUCAACACAAACAAACAUGGCGUGGAGAGGAUUCGUCGUGAAAUGGGCUCAAACAAACGUAAUUACAGCUAAAAAUGUAACUCCGCCAGGUUCCAGAGUGGACUCUUACAACCAACUGAGGCGUGGAUUCCGUCGUGAAGCUAAAAAAACAGAGACAAAGGAAGGCAACGUCAGCCCAGAAACACACAACACGUGUCCAGCGGAACCUCCACCGCGACCUAAUGUCCGCCUACAAAAGCUGCUUAAGCCACUGAUGUUUACAGUGGGGUUUACAGGUUGUUCUUUUGGUGCUGCUGCCAUCCUGCAAUAUGAGAGCAUUAAGUCAAGAGUUAGGACUCUAAGAGAUAAAGAAGAGCCGGAAGAAUUCCUCGAGGGCUCCGCAGACAUGGUGCACUGGCAUGACUGGUGGAACCAGCUGACGGGCUUCCAGCGCCAGCUCAUCCUCCUCAUGUCUAUAGCGGAUGACCUCUGGGGCAGCCUCACUGAAGGCCAGAAAACCGUCUCAGGUAUUAUAGCGCUCAAUGCUGUAGUCCUGUGCUGCUGGCGGAUCCCCUCGAUGCAGAGAAGCAUGCUCAAGUAUUUUAUAUCCAGCCCAGCCUCCAAGAGUCAAUGCCUUCCUAUGGUCCUGUCCUGUUUUAGUCACUACUCCAUCAUCCACAUGAUGGCCAACAUGUAUGUCCUGUGGACAUUUUCCUCUGGGAUCGUCUCCCUUUUAGGGAGGGAACAGUUCCUCGCUGUCUACAUGUCUGCUGGUGUGAUUUCCACCAUGGUUAGCUACGUAUGUAAAGCAGCCUCAGGACGCAUUUAUCCUUCAUUAGGAGCGUCAGGUGCAGUCAUGGCGGUUCUGGCUGCAUUCUGUGCAAACGUGCCAGAAGCCAAACUGGGCAUCCUUUUCCUGCCCGCGGUGUCUGUAACAGCAGGGAAUGUUAUUAAAGCAGUUGUUGCUGUGGACACAGUCGGGCUGCUGUUGGGAUGGCGACUGGUGGACCACGCUGCUCACCUUGGCGGAGCUCUCUUUGGAGCCUGGUAUGUCACCUAUGGCCACAAACUGAUCUGGAGCAAGAGGGAGCCUCUUGUCAAGAUCUGGCACGACAUUCGCUCACCUGGACGCGGAGGGUCCAGACCUGGAGGCGGAGAAGGGCCACACAGACCUAACUGACGCUCCUUUUUUCUUGUACAUGAUUACUGGCUUCAGGACACUUUUUAUUCAGUGAGAUUGUGCUGCCAAUGAUGUUUAAUAAUACUUUUAUAUUCAUUUGCAUUCAUUGUAAAGGUACUUAUUUCUGGUGACAAAUGUGUUGCUCCUACCUCUUCACCAACUAUCAACUACAUUUCUAAGCAAAAGCCCAUCAGUAAAGUUAACCUCAAGUUAGUUACCAUCUAACCUUUUUUAGUCAUUGUAUCGCUUUCUAAUGUGUACGUGAGAUUUCACUAUGCCCACUGACUUCAACACUGAUAAAAGUAUGACUUGAUCAUAUUGAGCGUCAUUUGAGCUAUUAUUGAAACCUGGUUUUCUUUUCUAAAUAAAGUGCAUAUCCAGAAAGUAUUCACAGCGCUUCACUUUUUCCACAUUUUGUUAUGUUACAGCCUUACUCCAAAAUGGAAUAAUGUCUUGUUUGUUUCUACGCACAGUAUCCCAUAAUGACCAUGUGAAAUUUGUUAUUUAUUUAUUGAAAAUAAAAAAUCACAUGUACCGUAUUUUUCGGACUAUAAGUCGCAGUUUUUUUCAUAGUUUGGCCAGGGCUGCGACUUAUACUCAGGAGCGACUUAUGUGUGAAAUUAACAUAUUACCGUAAAAUAUCAAAUAAUAUUAUUUAGCUCAUUUACAUAAGAGACUAGACGUAUAAGAUUUCAUGGGAUUUAGCGAUUAGGAGUGACAGAUUGUUUGGUAAACGUAUAGCAUGUUCUAUAUGUUAUAGUUAUUUGAAUGACUCUUACCAUAAUAUGUUACGUUAACAUACCAGGCACGUUCUCAGUUGGUUAUUUAAGAGUCAUAUAACGUACAAUUAUUCAGCCUGUUCACUAUUCUUUAUUUAUUUUUAAAUUGCCUUUCAAAUGUCUAUUCUUGGUGUUGGGUUUUAUCAAAUAAAUUUCCCCCAAAAAAGCGACUUAUACUCCAGUGCGACUUAUA